GGGCAGCCGGCAGCACUGCAUCAGUGCAGCACUCUCUUGAAAGUUGUGACCGUAAGCUCUCUGGACUCGUCAUGGCAGCUUGCAGGUUAUUCGGAAAAUUGGGCGAAAUUUCGAAAAAUCAUAUCAAAUUAUUGGCUUCGAACCAUCCUAUACAAUGGAGGAGCUAUACGACAGCAGGUACACACACGCGGACAAAAGUUGUAAACAAUGUAGCUGUCAUUACUUUGGAUUCGCCAAACGUCAAAGUUAACUCAUUGAACAAAGAUGUAAUCACUGAAUUAGAAACUGCGUUGAACAGUGCAAAUAGAGAUCCGAAUGUGCAUGCUGCUGUGCUGAUAUCUGGCAAGCCGGGAUGUUUCAUUGCCGGUGCUGACAUUUCGAUGCUGGAAGCUUGUAAAACGGAAGAGGAGGUCAGAAACAUUUCCCUCACGGCACAAAGUAUUUUGGCCAAUGUUGAGGAGAUGAAAAAACCAGUCGUCGCCGCUAUAAUGGGUUCAUGCCUUGGGGGUGGUCUUGAAGUUGCCCUGGCUUGUCAUUAUAGAGUGGCUGUAAAGGACAAUAAAACCGCUAUUGCUUUACCAGAAGUCAUGCUGGGUCUUUUGCCCGGCGGUGGAGGAACCCAAAGAUUACCGAAAUUGACUUCUGUUACAACAGCACUUGAUCUUAGUCUUACAGGAAAGAAUGUGAGAGCGGAUAAGGCCAAGAAACUUGGAAUUGUUGAUCUCCUUGUUGAUCCAUUAGGCCCUGGGCUUGAACCACCAGAGAAACGAACCAUGGAUUACUUGGAGGAAGUAGCCGUACUGACAGCAAAUAAACUUGCAAAAGGGGAGCUUAAGGUCGACAGGAGUAAGAAAAACCUGAUGGACAAAGCGCUGACAUUUGCUCUAAGUUAUGAAUGGGUCAAAAAUCAGAUAUUCAAUAGAGCCAAGGCGCAAGUAAUGAAAAUGACUGGUGGACUGUACCCAGCCCCUUUAAAAAUCCUUGAAGUUAUCAGAACUGGAAUUGAUAAAGGGCCUCAAGCUGGUUAUGAAGCAGAAGCAAGGGGAUUUGGUGAGCUCGCCAUGACAUCACAAAGUAAAGGCCUCGUUGGACUUUUCCGAGGCCAAACAGAAUGCAAGAAGAAUCGUUUUGGUAAACCUCAAAAAGAAGUCGAGACACUUGCGGUUCUUGGUGCUGGACUUAUGGGAGCAGGAAUUGCACAAGUGACAGUGGACAAGGGGAUCAAUGUUAUAUUGAAAGAUACAAGCCAGCAAGGACUUACAAGGGGUCUAACUCAAAUUUACAGUGGGUUUGAUGAUUCAGUCAAAAAGAAGAAGCUAUCGGCUUUUGAGAGAGAUCGUAUGUUGGCCAACCUUGAUUUCACCUUAAGUUAUGAAAAUUUCAAAAAUGUUGAUAUGGUCAUUGAAGCUGUUUUUGAAGACUUAGCCGUCAAACAUCGAGUCAUCAAAGAAGUCGAAGCCGUUGUUCCUCCUCACUGCGUCAUAGGUACAAACACCUCAGCCCUUGAAAUUACAAAAAUAGCUGCUAAAAGCAAAAGGCCUGACAAGGUAAUAGGAAUGCAUUAUUUCUCACCAGUUGACAAAAUGCAGUUACUUGAGGUCAUAACAACUGACAAAACGUCUCAAGAUACUGCUGCAUCUGCUGUUGCUGUAGGUCUGAAGCAGGGAAAAGUGGUCAUUACUGUUAAGGACGGCCCUGGAUUUUAUACAACAAGAAUCCUUGCCACCAUGGCUUCAGAGGCAUUGAGAGUACUACAGGAGGGAUUACCACCUAAAGAUCUUGACAAACUCUCAAAAAAAUUUGGCUUCCCAGUUGGUGCAGCUACCCUUCUCGAUGAAGUCGGUGUUGAUGUCGCCUCUCACAUCAGUGACAAUCUGUUUGCUGUGUUUGGGCCAAGGUUCAGUGGGGGAAAUUCGGAAAUUCUAAAAGAAAUGACAAAGGCUGGAUUCCUAGGUAGAAAAUCUGGCAAAGGUGUCUACGUCUAUGAAAAAGGAUCAAAAGAAAAAGAUGUAAAUGAUGAUGCGCUAUCUAUACUUAAUAACUUCCAUCUUGAACCAAAAGGCUUUCAAGGAGAUGAAGAUAUCCAACUAAGGAUGGUUUCAAGAUUUGUAAACGAAGCUAUUGUUUGUUUACAAGAAGGCAUUUUGAAUGGGCCUGUUGAGGGUGACAUUGGUGCUGUUUUUGGCCUUGGUUUCCCCCCAUUCUCUGGUGGUCCAUUCAGAUGGGUCGACACUUAUGGAGCUGAAAGACUGAUUGCAAAAAUGCGAACAUAUGAAAAUGUAUAUGGCGCACCAUUUACACCGUGUCAAUUACUCCUGGACAUGGCCCAGUCUGGGAAAAAAUUCCACAAAUCGUAGUUUUUAGUUUGUUAAAUUCUUUUCUUUUUUUUUAAAUCUAUACCUAUAAUUAGUGUUACACAAAUAUUCCACUAGUACUAUGUACUGAAUGUGGAUGAAAAAUAGUUGACAAAAGACUUGUAAACAAUGACUUUUGCUGUGAGUCCUGCCUCUCUCAAUUGGAUUUGUAGUAGUGACCAAAAACAAACAUUACAUUUAUAUAGUAUUUAUAUUUUAAUACUU